CGGGUGGGGCGGCCGCGGCCAGGCGAGGGAGAAUCGGCGCGCCGGCCGCACAACGGUUUCUUCCUUCCUUCCGCACUGACUGCGCGCUCCUCGCUGCCGCCGCCAUGCCCAAGUGUCCCCGCUGCGAGAAGGAGGUCUACUUCGCUGAAAAAGUCACCUCCCUGGGGAAAGACUGGCACCGGCCGUGCUUGAAGUGUGAGAAAUGUAACAAGACCCUGACUGCAGGUGGCCACGCAGAGCAUGAUGGGAAGCCCUACUGCAACCACCCUUGCUACGCUGCGUUGUUUGGGCCGAAAGGUUUUGGCCGUGGAGGUGCUGAAAGCCACACAUUCAAAUGAAGCUCAGAGCGGGAAGGAUGGGGUUUUAUAUGGAUCCUGGCAACUUCACAGGCGGCAUUAUACCCACAAUGCAUUUCCCCCCAUAGCAAGCUAGCAUUUAAAAAAGGCAUUUCAAAGACGAAUCGUGCUGAAUGGCUGGAAGAUUUCCUUUUCAGUUGGAAAACAUGACAGGGUGGAUAAGCAUUUGCACUUACUUGAGACCGGACAAGUUUGCUAAUAAUAACAACGUUGAGCUUCCUGGAAAUAAGGAAUCCCAGCCAAAAACCCCAAGCCUGCUUUUAGACCCUAUUCUCGAGCAAUGGUGAUUCUGUGUCUGUAUUAAAGCUGGAAU